AUGGAAGGACACGUAUUUGAGACUCACCCUAGAGCAAACCCUGGCGCGGUAGUUCAAGGGGCGCAGUACCGGUUCACUCUCCUGAGCGAGCGCCUCAUCCGCUUUGAGUGGGCAGAAGAUGGCCAAUUCGAGGACAGGGCGUCGACCUUCGCAAUCGAUCGCGAAUUUCCUGUGCCUAGAUUUCGAAUCGUGGAUGGUGACGAGCUUGAAAUUAUCACGGAGUAUUUCCACGUGAGCUACACGAAACAGAAAUUCAGCCCGGAGAGUCUCGUCUUUCACUUCAGCGGCAAGAGUGUCAAGUAUGGCACGCCCUGGCGGUUUGGUACCCCUACGGAAUUCAACCUUGGAGGCACCGCUAGGACACUGGAUGGGGUUGACGGUCGUUGCGAUAUGGGGCAGGGCGUGCUUUCGAAAGCGGGAUAUGCUGUGCUUGACGACUCGAAAAGUAUGCUGUUUGACGGCAAGGGCUUCGUUGCGCCCAGACAGGCUGGAGAUAGGGCUGACUGGUACCUCUUCUGCUAUGGUCGCGACUAUAAGGCUGCGAUCAAAGCAUUCUAUGCCGUGUCUGGGAAGCAGCCUGUCGUACCACGCUUCGUCCUCGGCAAUUGGUGGAGUCGAUACUAUGCGUACCACCAGGACGAAUAUGUCGCACUGGUGGACAAGUUCCUGGAGCAUAGCAUUCCAUUGUCCGUUGCUGUCCUCGAUAUGGACUGGCAUUACGUAUCGGAUGAGCGAGUGCCCCAUGCCGGGUGGACUGGCUAUACCUGGAACGAGAAGCUUUUCCCCAAUCCGAAGAAAUUUAGACGCGAUAUUCAUCAAAGGCAGCUUCGUAUCACGAUGAAUGAUCAUCCGCAUGGUGGGAUCCACGCACACGAAGCUGCAUACGAGCGGAUGGCACUUUUUCUCGACCAUGAUACAAGGGACAGAAACCCUAUCUUGUUCGACCCUGCAAGCCCAAAGUUCAUGGAGGCGUACUUAAGUAUUCUGCACCACAGGCUAGAAUUGGAUGCGUGCGAUUUUUGGUGGAUUGACUGGCAGCAGGGGCCGUACUCCAAGAUUCCCGGCUUCGAUCCUCUAUGGUUAUUGAACCACUUUCAGUAUCUUGAAAGUAAACAUUAUGGCAGCGUGCCUCUUAUAUUCUCCCGGUAUGGUGGCCCGGGAAGUCAUCGGUAUCCUAUCGGCUUCUCUGGCGACACCGUCGUAACCUGGGAGUCUCUCGCUUUCCAGCCAGAAUUCACCGCGACGGCUUCUAACAUUGGUUAUGGGUGGUGGAGUCACGAUAUCGGUGGCCACAUCCGUGGUAUCCGAGAUGAUGAGCUUCUUAUCCGGUGGACCCAGCUGGGUGUUUUCUCUCCGGUCAUGCGACUGCACUCGACCAGUUCGCGCUGGAACUCCAAGGAACCAUGGCUCUACGGGGACGAGUGUUUCAGAGUCAUGGCCAGGUUUUUGAGAUUCAGGCAUCGCCUCGUGCCGUACCUUUACACGCAGAAUGUGUCAGGAUCUUUCAAUGACGAGCCAUUGGUGCAGCCCAUGUACUGGUCCUGGCCAAACGAACCCAAUGCGUAUGAAGUGCCGAACCAAUACUUCCUCGGUUCCGAGUUACUAGUCGCACCUAUUGUACAACCGCGAGAUAAGCGGACCAACCUGGCGUCCGUCAAGGCGUGGCUCCCGCCUGGAAAACGAUUCGUGGAUAUCUUCUGCGGAACGGUUUACGAUGGUGGCCGAAUGGUCACCCUUUAUCGGCCCAUAGAUAAAUACCCAGUCUUAGCACCGGAAGGUUCGAUAGUGACUUUGACAUCUGAAGCAUGUCCCGGAAACGGUUGCUUAAACCCAUCAGGGAUUGAGGCACUCGUCAUAGUCGGGAAAGAUGGCCGGGCACGCCUGAUAGAGGACGUGGUGGAUGACGACUUCUUUAAGGAACGAGUCGCACCUGCUCCGAACUUGCGAGUAGCAUGGAAUAUCGAAUUCAUACAAGCUACAGGGAAACUGACUGCUCGAAUUCCUGCCGGCAAGCUCAAUCUUAAUCUCCGCUUCCUUGGUAUGAACCUAAAGCCGCAGGACUUCAGACUGCUGGGCAAUGGCAGGGACCUAAAAAAUGACGGCAUUGACGUUCGAUUGGCCCAAUAUGGCAAUAAGCCCUGUCUGUCGGUCUUUUUUUCAGAUUUCGUUUCACUUCAACCGACUACAAUCACCAUCAGCCUGGGACCAGAUCCACAGCUUGAAGUCGUCGACCAUACCGCUUCUCUAGAAGAACUCAUCAGAGGAUAUCAGGCCGAGGUAAGGAUGAAGGACCAGCUGUGGAACGCCAUCGAAGAGGGAAAGGGACGCCCGCUUUGCAUUAUCUCGUCGCUAUUGGCUCUAGGAUACGAUGAAGCCAUCGUUGGUCCGCUUGUUGAAUUGAUCACGGCAGAUAGCAGGCCCUGUCCUGGGUGGAUGUCGUGA